AGAAGUGCUGAUGUUUCAUAGGUUACAAAUCAGGGUUGAUGUGAAUUCAAACCUAAUUUAGAUGCUUCAUGUUGGAAUAUGUGUCACAGCCUUUGUUUGGUCAAUGCUCAUGUGAAUGUCAAUGAACUGAUAGGUGUGUGAAAUUUUAUUGCAGGUGGUCAGUGAUAAUGGAGACAAACUUUCCUAUUUGUUAAUAUAAAGAUUAAAUGAAUUUAGUAAAUUUGAGGAAUUUUGUUAUCCGUGUUUGUAGUUUCCUUGUUUCAGGAAUGUUUCUAUAAACAGUGCACAUUGGUUAAGGCAGGCUGAAGGUUAAAUCAACAACGGGCCAAUAUUAUAACAGUUAAAUGCCUAAAACUCAGUUGUUUAUUUUUCAUUUAUUGUGUUCUGGUUUACCUUUCAUUAUUUUGUGUUCUGGAAGAUAAAGAUUUCUGUUCCUUUAUAAAAGCACCAUUUUAGAAAUGCUAGAAUUUGAGAUUUGCGUUACAAAGAAUACACCAGAAUAUUUUUUACAAGCCACCCACUAUUUGGUCUUGCUGCUACACCUUGGCUUUUCAUCUGUACACGGGCAUGGGUUAUUUUUUCUUCAACUUUUCAGGGCCCCUUCUAACAUAAUUUACUCUUACAUCUGGUUUGGUUUGCAUUUACAGGAUAAACUUGCAGUUAUACCAUAAUGUUUGAAGGACUCAAGAUAAUUGGAAAGAAAGACUUGGCUCCAAGACUUCACUGUUAAGAACUUUGUUUCUGUAUAUGAUGAUGAUGAUGAUGAUGAUCGAUGAUCAAAUUGGAACAAAUUGGAAUAAAGUAUAAUAAUCGGAGAGUUCUAUUAAAGACCCAGACCCCGAGUGGUACCUUGGUGCUGAGGAUACAAUUACUCCUCUAUUUUAUAUGCCACAGGGGUAAUUGUAGAAGAAGAGGGUUGAUGACAGAAGAUGAAAAGAAACUGUUUGAAGACCUUCCUUCUCCCCACAGCAAGUACUGGGUGCCAUGCCACUGGGCCUGCACCCUUACAUCCAUAGCAAGGAAUGAGGGAAGGAUCAAGGAUGACAUCAGUCUUAAGACCUUAUUACAGGAAAUUAACAACUUCAGAGCUGGUCUUGGCAGCAUGUACACGUUUGACUGGAUCAGCAUUCCUUUAGUUUAUACACAGGUGACAACUUUGGCUAUAUACACUUACUUUCUGGCCACACUCCUAACUAGCCAGUUUCUGGACCCUUCCCAGGGUUACCCAGGCCACGAUGUUGACCUCUACGUUCCAGCAUUCAGUGUGCUGCAAUUCUUCUUUUAUAUGGGCUGGAUAAAGGUUGCAGAACAGUUGACCAAUCCAUUUGGAGAAGGUGAUGAUGACUUUGAAGUAAACUGGAUGAUUGACAGAAAUUUACAGGUCUCUCUGUUGGCUGUGGAUGAAAUGUACAUGGUUCUUCCAAAGCUGGAAAUUGAUAUGUAUUGGGAUGAGCUUGAGCCUAUCAUUCCAUACACCAAGUCUUCUGUGAAAACCAGAAUUGACCCAUGGCUGGGCUCAACUGCUGAUAUGAGUUUUUCUGACUGUGACAUGAAGGUUGUGAUGCCAAUGGAAACCAUUCCUGAAAAUGAGAACUACAGUAUGCCAUCCCCACAUCAACACAGGUACAUACAUUCUAACAUAGAAUUGGGGACAUCCAUAAAUUCAGGAAAUUUAUCAAGUCACAAACCACGUCGCAUUUCUGAAUUGGUUGAAGGGCAUGUGCAGCGCCCCUUGAGUCUCAAUUCCUUGAGCCAUAGUAGCCCUGGAACCCCAGUUUCAGAGAGACGAACCAGUCACUCACCAAGAAAAGGACAUUUGAGUAGUAGUACUAGGAGUCCUGUUCCAAUUCGAAGACCCAGAGGAGAGCGUACCAGUAAGCAAGAAUCUGUUGCUUCUUCAUAUGUAGAAAGAUGGCUUAAUGGUCAGAGGAGUAGGAUGAAUUGCAGUAUGUCCCCAUCUGGUAAUUUUACAGACAUCACACCACCUCAGAGCACUGUCAACAGCCCAACUGCAGUUGACGCACCAAAGUAUACCUCUAUAUCAUCCAAUGAUGCCACCAGAGUAGUCCAUGGGUUCACAGUUACAAUGUGUGAUGAACAAGAUGAGGGAAGGUCCAGUUCAGCAAAUGAGCCAAAUGUUACAAAUUGGGGAGAUACCUCUGGGCAACCAACCAACAAUGCAGAGGGCCCUUCUCCUUCUCUUGCCCCUAUUGCUGAGUCUGUAACUGUUCCCAUGCAUGUUGGGACAGACUAUGGCUAUACCCCUUACACAAACCAGAGCACUGUAACCAGCCUUACUCCAUUACUGGAAACUGGUGAAUCUCAGGAAUCAGCAAAUAAAGAUGAGGAACCAGUUGUGUAGGACUUCAAUGGAUAAAUUUAUGGAUCUGGGAAAGUAAGCAAGCCAUAUGUAGGUUGUUUAUUUCAGGAGUAAGU